UUUGACCGUGCCGUGUAUGAAAUUCUGAGACCAUCUCACAGAUAUACUCGUAGUUUUGUCUCCAGGAGAGAGAAGCACUGAUUACAUCGAACAGAAUGACGGACAUUCUAUUCAAGCUCAACACGGGGUCAACCAUCCCAGCGUUGGGACUGGGAACCUGGCAGAGCCCUGAAGGACAAGUGCGGGAAGCUGUUGCCCACGCCAUCAAGGUUGGCUACCGACACAUCGACUGCGCAUAUGUGUACGGAAACGAGAAGGAAGUCGGUGAAGGGAUCCAGCAAGGUCUCGCUGCUGCAGGCAUUUCGCGGUCUGAUCUCUUCAUCACAACCAAGCUCUGGUGCACAUAUCACACCCGGAUCCAAGAGAAUCUCGACAUGUCCCUGAAAUUACUUGGCCUGGACUACGUCGAUUUGUAUCUGAUGCAUUGGCCCAUCGCCAUGAAUCCAAAUGGCAACCACGAGAAAUUUCCCAAACUACCUGAUGGGUCAAGGGAUCUAGUCAGGGAACGCUCACAUGUUGACACAUACAAGGGCAUGGAACAGUUACUCAACACCGGUAAGGUCAAGGCCAUCGGGGUUUGCAAUUACUCCAAAAGAUACCUCGAAGAGCUUCUGCCCAAGGUCGAUGUCGUGCCCGCAGUCAAUCAGAUUGAGAAUCAUCCUCUCCUUCCCCAGCAAGAAGUCGUCGACUUUUGUAAAAACAAAGGAAUUCUCAUCACGGCCUACAGUCCACUAGGCAGCACCGGCAGUCCGCUUUUCAAAGACCCGCAUGUCAUCAAGCUGGCAGAGGACAAGGGUGUCAGUCCUGGUACCAUCCUUUUGAGCUAUCACAUCGCACGAGGUAGUUCAGUGCUUGCAAAAUCCGUCACCCCAAGUCGGAUUGACCAAAACAAGAAGGUUGUGGAUCUCUCUGAGUCUGAUAUGUUGCUUUUGGCCCAGAUAUCGAAGGACGGGGUAACCAGAUAUGUCUAUCCUGAGUUUGGUGUCGAUUUUGGGUUUCCAGAUAAGUCAUAAGGGUGGGUAGCUAGCCAACAUGGAAGUUUCGAGGUAUAUUUCUAAUGCAUGGCAAUACUAUACCAUACCCAUCCACGCAAGGACAUAUACAUAUAUAUAUUCCCUGGAGAGUAUAUCAUGUAAACAGCAGAUAUAAUGUUUCUAAUGGCGAGAUCAAGACAAACAACGGAUCAUGCACCCAUUAUCAUGAAGAGGCUUCAGUUACGAAACUUUUGACUCAAGUUUACUAAAACCAAGACUCUUAUAUUCAUCCUCCU